AUGCAGAACCGACGAGGACUCCAAUCAUCCUCUCUAAAGCGCUCAAAUACGACUCCGAAUUUCCGGUCAAAGGCCAGUCAGGUUUUGGACGAGGGCGAGGAUGAGGGUGACGGGGAAGAAGAAGAUGAAGAGACUCUGCAAUUACGGCUUGCCGAAAUCCAGGCUCGCCUCAAGCUGAAGCAGUUGCAGAAGAACAGAGGGAGAUCAGGCAGCGCCAAUUCGAAUACGGAGGAGGCAGAUUACAGGCGGUCUCGUUUAACCUCUGCCAUUUCUUCGUCCUCUCGGACCCAAAAACAUGCCCCAGUCCCACAGAGUCCUCAGAGCACACAGAAGGCGCCCACCGAAGAGGUCCAGAUCCCAAUGUCACCCCCGAGGCGAGAAGUCCCCGAUGCCGAACACUGGUCUCCCCGCAGGUAUCAGAUGGGCAUUGACAAAGGCUGGAAGGCAAGCGAUGUGUCGCUGAAGCGACCCCCGCGGCCUACGAGCCAGCUUGGGAUGCGAAGUGGUGCAAUGUCACGAUCAAGCGAUGUGUCUUCUUCGAGACCACAGACUUCCCCUGGAGGCGGAGGGCUACACAGAAUCAAGAGCUUUAGUGAGCGAAUGGCCGAGGGUCGAGCUGCCGAGAAGUCUCGUCUGGAGCGAGCAGAAAGAGUGCAUGCAAAUCGGAGUUCAGGGUUUCAACUGGACAAAGCAGAGGUCGAAGCACUCAAAACAGCAGCCGAAAACCAGAGACCCUCGCCCCCGUCAACUGGGCCUCGGCAACCUGAAGUGCAACACUUCAGCCGUGAAGAUAUCAUGCGGUCUCUCGGAAAACCACGGUCCGAGGGCAUUCCACGAAGCCAGACAACCCCAAAUGUGAGAAAAAUCGAAGAUUCGACCAGCAAACAGGCCAAUGUGCGUCAUCACUUCAUUCAAGCAGGGAGAGAUUCGCCCUACAAGGAUCUCAAUCGAGACGAGCCUCAAUCACGGGAAGACGGACUUGUGGUGAAUCCACCGGACUCAUCCAAGUUCGAAUCCUAUUCCUCUCUGCAUUUGACCAACCGCAUUUUGCCUCACUCUUUCUUGGCCCGCAACUUGGCGAACAAAAAGGUCCUCCGCAUACCUGAUCUUCUUAAGACCGUGAAGGCGCCGUCCUUUGAGCUCCCUGAGGAGAUUGAUGGGGACUAUGUGGUAUUCGGAAUUAUUGCGUCCAAAUCUGAUCCAAGGCAGAAAAAGAACCCAGAGAAUUCCACCGCAAAAGAAGUUGACCCUUACGACGAGGGCCGCAGCAACACAAACAGCUAUAUGGUCAUGACUUUGACGGAUCUAAAGUGGACCAUUGACCUAUUCCUUUUUGAAACAGCCUACACCCGUUAUUACAAAAUGUCCGAGGGAACACUUAUUGCAAUCUUGAACCCCACAAUCAUGCCCCCUCCGAAACACAAACUGGAUACCAAUCGGUUCAGCUUGUCUCUGUCCUCAUCUGAUGACAAAGUGCUCGAGAUUGGCUAUGCUCGAGACAUCGGAUUUUGCAAAGCUGUGAGGAAGGAUGGCAAAACCUGUCAAUCAUGGGUGGAUGGGCGAAAGACCGAGUUCUGUGAUUUUCACGUUGACAUUCAAGUACGGCGCACCCAAGGUCAGCGCAUGGGAGUCAAUAGCAAUACAGGAAUGUUUGGCCCUGGAGGCAAUUCUGGCUCGCGGACUGGAGUUUUUGACGGUGGCCGUGGCAGAGGGAGAGGAGCCGGAGCUAAGCAAGGCUUGAAGUCAGAGGGUGCUCAGUACGAUUGGAGCUCCCAAUCGCUCUAUUAUGUGGCGCCUUCUGCCAAAAAUAUGGGUAAUGGCCGGACGUCCUACCAUCCUGCCGCCACAAGAGGCUCAGCAGCCUCGCUCAUUGAUGCCCAUGAUGACCCCUUUCUUGCAGCUGGUAUGAACGGGCGUGGCCAGGAAAGCAAAGAAGAACGCUUGCGUCGACGCCUCGCCACCCAACAGCGUGAAAUCGAUAUCACUCGAAAGCUUGUCACUGGCAAAGUCAGCGGCCCCGGUGCAGACUAUCUUCGUGCUCGGACUGGCAAUGAGACGCCAUCUAAAGCGGAUGCACCAAGUACACCGAGUGCGGUUCCAUCCAGUCACGGCUUGAACUUGUCUGCCAAGGCAGACAAUGUUCGGCUUAGUCCUAUGAAGCGAGCCCAUGACAAGCCACAUGGAAGUGGUGUAAAGAAAACGCGGUUUAUCACGUCCAAGGGAAUUAGAGAGGCUGGCCGCGAAAGUCUGGGAGCUGGCGCAGAGACGGCCACUGGAGGAAGGCGGAUCAUGUCGGAUGACGAUGAUGACGAUGAGCUGGAUAUCAUUUGA